UAUGCCCCCAACAACGCAGCAGCGUUGCAUGGCGGGUAUAAAAUAAUUUUGCUGCGCCGUUAAUGCCAUGGCCUUUUUUUAUUAACGGUCCACUAUAAUGCCACCAAUUUUCCAUGACCCGUCCUCUAUAGCGACAAUCUUAUAACGCUCAGCCUGUGAAAGCCUCAGGUUUUCAAGGUUUUAGCGGAGACGUGGCAACAGGGGGAUUUCCUAAUACGUGGGAAACAUGGGGCGGGAUAAGCGCUAGAAACCCAUCCAAGACUAGGAAUUGGCGGCACGAGUCCCGCCGGACAUGGGCUCUGGGGAACGAAUUUUUGGAACAAUCGCCCUCUUUCAUGAUGCUUUACUCGGUUUGGCAUAAGAGCCUACAUUAUGUCGUAAAAGAGUCUGUGUGUAGCAAGGGGAGGCCCUAUGCGGUGGGUGAUGUUUUUUCCUUUCUACCAAUUGGCAAUUUUCUUGUUACUGUCCGGGAUCUCAUACUCGAUCUACGAUUCCGUUCCCCCUUAUUUUAGUCCCGACUAUUGGACUGUUUAUAAUACUUACUCAACCUCAACCCACUGAGUACCUACAUACUGUCGUCCUCCAUUCAGAUUUCGUAAGGCAGCUCUUCACGGCAAAUCAAAGAUGGCGGACGCAAUAGCAAAUCUCCCUCCGGACCAGCAGCAAAUAGCUCUCAACGCGCCUGCCUUAGCGGCCCCUCCUGGUAUUAUACCCGACUUCGAUCAUCCUGGGAACAAUAAUGGCCUGGCCUUCGGAGUUAUAGCCGCCUGCACUGUCGUGACGACUCUUUGCUUGCUAAUUCGGUUUUACGCAAGAAUUUUUCUGUUCAAGCAAUUGAAGCUGGAAGAUUAUAUGAUUUUAGCUGCUUAUGCUUUCUAUAUAGUAUGGACGGUUUUCGGAUUACGACUAACGGAACAUCCUGGAUACUUUGUCCACCAAUAUGAAGUCAAGGUUAAGGCCUUGAUUGAUUAUUCUUACGAUGUCCACUAUGCUGCUCUUGCGUAUGCUUUUGCCAUCCCGUUUCUUAAGAUAGCUAUUCUCAUGGAAUGGACGAGUAUCCUCGUCCCUCCCGGCCAGCGCAACACAUUCAUGUGGUGCUGCUAUGGGCUCAUCGGAAUAAACGUCGGCCUUUUAAUUUCCAUUCCUCUCGGAUUAUCGCUUAUCUGCUUCCCGUAUGAAAAGAUAUGGGAUUUGACAGUCAAGGGACACUGUGGCAACCAAUUCGUUGUCGGUCUAGCCACUGCCUGUGCCAAUCUUUCAAUUGACUUUAUCAUGUUGAUCCUUCCUCAGAGAGUCAUUUGGACCUUGCAGCUAUCUUUUAAGAAGAAGCUGGGUGUUUCCUUUUUCUUCUCUCUUGGCAUUCUCGCCUGUGUCUCGGCUAUCUUCCGUGUAACGACUCAACAGACUAUCGUGAGCGAGCCGGACGGCACAUACGCGUUCGCGCCGGUGAUGUUUUGGGCAUUUGUGGAAAUCAUGUGCGGUUUCAUUAUCGCGUGCAUGCCUUCUACCCCGAAGAUCUUGAAGGACCACGGCGUUCUCGAUAAAAUGCGACGGGCAAUGAGGUCAUUCGUGGGUUUAAAAAACACCGCCAUGAUGAGUGUGAACAAGCCCACGGGAGUGUCAACGGUUGCGGAUCACACGAACACGUAUCGAAAAAUCGACGAGUACGGUGUGCCGAUGAAGGAUCUCCAACCAUCCGAAUCGACCGAGCAACUUCGAGACGACAGACUUGAUCAGGGUAUCCUACGUACUACCCGUGUAACCGUGAAGCAGGAGUAUGUGAGCGACUCUAAAGGCAAUGGCAUGGAUCACGGUGCCCUUUGGCAUGGAGACAACAGAGUUUAAUAUAUUAUAAUCUUCGUGCUGGCCAUGAAAAAGGGGUACGAUUCAUACGGAAAAGUUUAGUAGGCGCCUUAUCUUGGAUUGUGUAUAUGAGCGCCUUUAGUAAUGUACAAAACAAAAAUUAAUGCAUAUUAUCAGAAUAUGAUUCGGCAAGCUGGAUCGAAGUCAUCCUUUGUAUGUUAUUUGCAGGGUAUGUUGUCAGUUCAUUCUUGACGUUUAUAGGGGGGUUGUUUACUGCUAAUAGUAACAUUUCUCCAGAUAUAUAUAUAUAUAUAGUCAGAUAGGUAUAUAUGUGAUAUACUCGCUUCUAGCUGUUAUGUUCCUCUAGGUCGUGCGUUGAUGCAGGAGUGGCUUACCUAUAUCUUAUUACAGGUACCUAAUGUAAUUGGUUUAAUAAUUAUUUAAUUCGGUCCAGUUGAAUUAAUCUAUAGCUAUCUGAUUAGCAUAUUGAUUUUCCCUCCUUAAGUACGUAUACAUGUAUGUGUGUGGUGUGGGUAUAUUGGUUGGUAUAUACAAGUCCCCUUCGUUUGGCUUUCUGCG